CGGUUACAAAGACAAGGGCGGCAGGGAGAGAGAGCAGUACAGCCAAUACUAGAUCAAGAUGCUAAAGAGUUGGAAAUAUCACAAGAAAACAAGGAUGACAGGGAGAAAGAACAGUACAGCUUACCUCCGGCUCCCUAAACGACAACUCCUCACAGCCUACCCAACAGGCACCCUCGAAUAUACAAGGAAACAAAGGCGGCCGAAGAGUUGGAAACAUCACAAGGAAAAAGGGCGGCCGAAGAGUUGGAACAUCACAAGGAAACAAGGGCGGCCGAAGAGUUGGAAACAUCACAAGGAAACAAGGCAGGCCGAAGAGUUGGAAAUCACAAGAAAACAAGCGGCAGGAGAAAGAACAGUACAGCCUACCUCUGGAUCCCUAAACGACAACCCCUCACAGCCUACCCAACAGGCACCCUCAAAUAUACAAGGAAAUAAGAAGGGAAGCAAGGAGAAAGAAUGGUAUAACCAAUACCAGAGCAAGAUUUCGAAGAGUUGGAAACAUUAUAAGGAUAAGAGCGGCAGGGAGAAAGAGGAGUAUAGCCAAUACUAGAUUAAGAUACCGAAGAGUUGGAAACAUUAUAAGAAAACCAAGACGAGAAAAAAAAGACAGCAGGGAGAUCAGUACAGCCUACCUAACAGGCACCCUCGAAUAUACAAGGAAACAAGAAGGGCGACAGAGGAUUUGCAGC